GGACUAUUAUACCAUCAACAAAGCGGAUAUUGUGCUAGAGGUGCAGAAAUACGAUGCAGUGAAGAUAACCAAACCCAUCAGCCGAGAUUGGAUGUUUCAACGCAACCCGAGUAAGCGUCUUUGGUGUUGUUUCAUUGCGUCUGUUGCGUCUGUUGUUAUACAAAUUGUUUGUAAAUGGCCAUGGCACCCUUGUUAUCCUUGGUUACUGGCUCUGCGCUCUUGCAUCUGGCUAUUGUUUUUGCCCCAUCUUUUGGAAAAACAACGGUUUGGGAUAUUUUAUUAUGGAUUAUUCAUGAAGCAGUCAGAUCCUGGCCACUCGUGAGAAUUGUCCUUGUUUAUUAAAGAUUUAUCACUGUUCUCCCAUCCGGGGAUGCAUGAAGCUCAAAAGUAUACUACCAGAAAUCACUAUCACUUCUCACCCAAU